GCUGAUUCCGUCACAUGACUAUCAGCAGGCUAAAAAUGAAAAAUAGUUAAGAUGAAGUAUGAGUGUUGUUCCUUCUAAAGUGUAUUGAUCUAGUUACUAGUUCAUUUCAGGUUUAUUUAUCAAAGGUGAAAGUCGCGGAGACUUAUAUUAUCACGAUAAAUAAGGAUCAUUUUCGAGACUUACAGAUAUGACCGACGCUGGAACAUGGAUCGAAGAUCACAUUUAUGUAAGUGUAAAUUACUGUAAACUUCUUCUAAGACACUAAGUACUAAGUCUAAGUUACUAAGACGACUUAGUACUUUUUACUUUUAGUUCUUCAAAGAAUUGUAAUUUAAUUUGGAUACUUUGUUUUAAAUUUACGUUAUCUAAAGUCCAAAGUUAUUUAGUGUCUGUUUGAUUUUGAAAUUUGAUUAUUUCAUGUUAAGGUAUAUAACUAGGGCGAUCUUAUAUAGGGACAAUAAUUAAUUAAAAUAUUGUGGAUAGUCAAGAAGUCAUUUUCUAUUUAUUAUUUAUAAUUUUAAUUAUUAAUAAAUUAAUAGAAUGGCUCUAAAUAUUUAUUAUUAUGAAUAUUAUUAUAUUAUAUUAUGAUACUCAGUCUUGAGAAACGUGUUAAUAUUAAUGUUUGGAAUUUUAAUAAAGUUGCUCUCUUGAGUAUUGACAAGUGACAGUGACUCUUGUUAAUUCAAUAAACUUCAAUUUCAAUAAAUAGUGUAAAUAUUAAUCAUAAAUAAGUAAUAGUAAAUACUAAUAACUAAUUUGAAUAGGCCCUAGGUAGCCUGGCUAUAACUUAUUGAUUCAGGACAUUAUUUAUUUUUUUUACAUUCAUAAUAUUCCUAUUAAAAAAAUCCUAUGUCUUAUGUAAAUCCUGGCGCAGACCAGGAUUCUGGUUUUAAAUUUUUAAUAUAGGGCAUUUGUUUUAGCUAUUCUUUGAAAAUUUUUUAAAAUCAAACAUAAACAAAAUGAUUUAUGAUGUUUAGGUAUUAAAAUGGUUCAAUGAUCACUUUGAUAGAAAGUUUGAUGGCAUUGAUGGCUACUUGAAUCUAUACUAAUAACAGUACAAUGACAUUUUUGAGCAAAUCAAUUGGAACAUUCUUUCAGGUUCCAGUUCUUGGUGGCCUAGCUAUACUUGCUCUGUUUGUUGUUCUCAUCUACUACUGCUUGUGUAGGAAAAGACGGUAAGAAACAUUGUCUACAUUAAUCCCAUUAUUUAUACAUCAUACUUAAAGAUAAGUAAUAAAAUGCCUUUUUACUAAUUACAUUCGGAAAGGAAGCUUUUGUUUUAUCAUCUCUUACAAGUAAAAAAAAAAAGUUUAGCAAUUUUUUACAAUUUUUUGUUUGAUUUAAAAAGUAUUUUUUAUUUGUGAAAUUUCCAAUCAAGCCAAUGAAAACAAUAAUUUAGAUAUUUUCAUAACCAUGGUGUGGAGUACAAGUCAAGUAGCUUAUUUUCACUCUUAAGUUCUGGAUGCUAUCAUCUAGUGAUAGCCCUGUGUGAUAUCAGCCUGAGUUAUAUUUAAAUGGUGUGUCAUAAUAAUUUUUUUUUUUCCCAGUAGUUAUUACUGAAUGAGGAAGCUAAUUUUAAAAGUAAUCUUUAAUGAAAAUGAAUUAAAUGCUUUAUUUGUAAAAAAAAUUAUUAAAUUUUUUUUUUUUUUUUUUUUUUUUUUUUUUUUUUUUUUUUCCAGUAGUUAUUAUUGAAUGAGGAAGUUAAUUUUAAAAGUAAUUUUUAAUGAAAAUGAAUUAAAUGUUUUAUUUUUAAAAAAAAUUAUUAAAUUUUUUUUUUUUUUUUUUUUUUGUGAGUGGCUUUAUUUAGCCACUCACAACUUUCUUAAUAAUAAAACCAGAGGUUCUGAACACUUAUCAUUUAUUGGUAAUAACUUGGACACAUCACAAAUUUAUUAUGUUGUCUGAGAAUUAACAUAAAUAAAGUCAUAGAUCCCAUAAACAUUUUCAUUAAUCAUAAUGAUGUUUAGAUCUAACAAUUAGUCGGUUAGCAAGGGUUAACAAUCCUACUUAAAAAAUGUUAUGGUCAUAAAGGAGUCCAUUCACUCCUAUAUCAGAACCUAUAGAUCCUAAAUAAUCUUAUCUCUCAUAAAUACUAUGUAAGUUUUACUGAUGUCAGUACCCGGUAUUUAGUCAGUUGGCUGAUCAAAUCAAUCAUAAUUUUCCUGAUUAUUUCAUAUUUUGGAGGUUUUUUUUAACUAUAUCUUUGGAAUGAGUAAAUCUGUAUAACUAAUGACAACAUCUCUGGUUGUCAAAUUUUCUUGUAUGGGAGUUUUAAAAAAAUAUAUCUUUAGAUAUGACCCAGUGUUACUCAGAAUAGAUUGAAUAUUGGGCUACUUUCUACCUGCUAUUGCGAACUAUUAACAUCUAAAAAUACCAUUUCUUUUGUGUGUAAAUAAUUUGGGUUUUGAUGUAUCCUUAAAAAAAAAAAAAUACGAAAAUUAUGUUAGAAAACCAAACAUUCCUGUCACUUUACAAUUACAUUUCAAAUCAUACUCGAGGCGAAGUGGUUCAAAUAAUAAUGACUGACAUUUUAUUAUCCACAUUCAGUGACAUUCACAAAAGUAAAUCUGAAAACGCGUGGAACUUAUAUGAAUUUCAAUUAAUAGCUUCUGGGUAAUCUGCUUUACUUAAUAAUGUGUCAACACACUAUAAAUCUUCAUUUAAAACAUCAAUGAUCUCUGUUGAAUCUUCUCUAGACAAACCUCCAUUAUUAUUCUACCAUUUUAUUCAACUUCUAUCUUGUCUCACUCUUCACCCUCAUUGGCAAGUUUUCUCUCAAGUCCCAGUUGUAUAUUAUAUAAGUAAUAACUACCAUAUUACUUAUCUCCCACAUAUUUAUAUUCAUAUCUGUGACAAUUCCUUAAUUUUAAUUAAUUACAUAUAUAUAAAUAUUUAUGUCUUUAAUAUCAUUGUGUUUUGAGAAAUUCUUAUCUUUUAUGUAAAAGAGACCUGCCUAACCCUUUUUCUUGCCCAUGAACUACAAAGAAAAUUUUUUAAAACAUGUAUGUCCUUAAAAAUAUAUAUAUUUGCAAUUUUCAACAAUUUGCACAACCUUUUGCCUAGCUUCUGAACUAUAUGUUCAGAAAAAUCAUAAAGCACAGAAUUCAUAUAUCUAAAGAAUAAUAUAUGAAUCUAUUAUUUAUAUACUAUGGUUAUUUAUUUCAAAUUUAAAUCUUUACCAAAGUUCAAAUCUGUAACAUAAUUGGGCUUGGAUUUAUUGAUAUUAAAAUGUACCCAACCUGACGUCCAAUUUGCCUCACCUUUAAAUUGUUAAAAUACCGGUACAUAGUUCCCAAUUUUUUCUUAAAAUUAUCUGUAUACCAAUGUCUUCAUGUCUGUAAUGUUUUUACUAUGACGGAAACAAUGUCACCCAAAUACUUGAAAACUAUUCAAAACUUAGCUCCACCCCAAUUUCCUCAAGCUUGAAAUGAAAAAAACAGAAAAUUGUUAAAUACCUACUUCACAAUUUUAUAUUAAAUUAUCAAACUUCAUCGAGUUUUGAGGCAUGGGUACACUUAUGCAAAUGUGCCUAGAAUGUGUUAACACCUUAAACUAUAAUUUCCAAUAUUGUUAUAAAAUAUUUAAUUAUUUUAAAAGAAAAACUAAAACCUUUCUUUCAUGAAUGUGAUAUAAUCAAGUUUAAACAUCAACAUGUCAUCCACAUAAAAUGUACACACCCUGAUUGCUCCCCCUGAAAUGUGUUUACCGAAGAAGGGUAAAUAAUUUAUAUAAUGCACAUAUCAAUUCUGAUGUGUAUCUUGUGCUGCCUGAGGACAAAUUUUAAAAAAUUGCACCCCCCCCCCUAUUUUAUUAUGUUUUUAAUAAACAUUAAUAAAAAUCAUCUACUGGAUAGUAACCCUCUAUGUAUGUAUUUUUUGCCCACCCUUGAACUUUAUUAAUAUUCUCAUGACAAUGUCUCUCCCUCUUUGCCACAAAUAUGUUACAGAUUUGAACUUUGUUAAAGUAAACAACCAUGAUCUUUAAAUAUACGGAAUUUUAUUUACUUUUCGUGCUAUUGAACAGAGCAUAGCACAAUGGCAUUAGCUUGUUCUUAUAUAUAUUCUGAAGAAUUAAAUGUCAUAGGCAGAUGAGGGAUUGUCCUAAGGCUCAUUAAUUAAAAAUAAUAUGCAGUAAGCAAGAUUGAAGUCCUUAGUAAUGACUACCACCAUCUCCACACAAACACUUGAUCUACCAACAUGAACCAGGUUUAAUUCCAUGCCUCUUUUUUAGAGAGCCAAUUAAAUUUUUUCUUUAUCUUAAAUUUUCCCCGCUGUGCCCCCAUGCUGCAGUUCCCCCCCCCCCCCCCCCUCUUUAUAAGCACACACAGUAUCAUAUUUGCUAUUGUGUUGAAAUAGUUUUUCUUUCCUCAUGAACUUUUUGUUCUUUUUCAAUAUUUGAAAAGAAAAAAUUAAUCCUGAAAUAAAUUGAAGAUAGAUCUAUGAAAUUUAUUUUUGCUCAGAUUUUAUGCCAGAGAUUAUGUCUACAAGAGGCUGGAACAUGAGGCUGAACUUGCUGAACAGAUGAACAGGGAGAGGGAGACGCAGCAGAAUGUGAAACGAGGUGAGAAGAAUGGCUAAUCUUUAUCUGCACUGGUUGUCUGUGGGGUGCCUAAAAAGCAAGUCAUGCUCCGGAGGGGGGGAGAGGGGUUUAAUAGAGUGUGAAAGUUUGUGACAUACGGAGGGUGUAUAAAGAUCGUUUAUGAUGUCACAAAUUAUAUAUUUUUUAUCAUAUCAACCAAAAUUGAAAGUGUUGUUAAAAUAUCUGUUUUGAUUGACGUAUGCUGACAAAUGAUUUCACUUUUAUGCGAACAAUUUUUUAAUUUGUGACAUGAAGGAUGGAGAGGUAAAAUUUUCCAAAAAUAGCAUAACAUACUUUGUUAUGAGAGAAGAAAUGAUAAUCAUGUCCCAUUUGUAAAUAAUAGAGUGUAAUAUAAUAUGGACUUCAUGUUUAAAACUUUAUGUUAAUAAUGUUUGUGGUGUAGAAUCCAUUUGACAAUGGAAAUGACAAUUAAUAAGUGUCUUUUUGCUUUUUAAGUUUAUUAUCGUUGAAGUCUCAGAUGAGAGUAUGAUUUUAUGGUAGCAGAGAUAAAAUUAAUCUAAUUUAUAUCCCUAGACACGGUUUACAUGAAUUGUCAGUACUACCUGAGGUCACAUCCAAACUACAGAAUAGUGCAACAAUUAAAAGAACUAGGUAGGUCUUUUUUCAGCUUUGCUACACAUUGAUUGGAGGGGAGGAGGCGGGCAACCGUUGUGUUGUGUGAGAGAAGUAAUUAUGGGGACCUUGAUGCAAUUAAAACAAACAGCCUAAGCCUUAACAUCCCAAAAUAAAUUUUAAGACCCUGGCGGUUGCGCACCACUGAUUUACAUCAAAGUCUUAAGAGACAGUCAAUCAACUCAAUCACUUGUGUGUUUAAUAUUUUAAAUAUUAUUUAACAAUGUUGUUUUUAAAAGCUUCAUCCGAACUAGAAUCUCAAAUUGAUCUCCAUAUAUACGUUUGGUUGUUAUAGGUAUAAUCACAAUCAUGGUGGAAUUAGAACUUUUAAAAUGGAACACCAGAAUCUACUCUGAUUAAAAGCUCUUGAGAGGAUCAUGAGCACUGUUAAAUGUUAAGUGGUCUUAUCUUGUGUAAACAAUAUAAGAGCGCAUUAAAACUUUGCUUUGUGUUGUAUUUGCAUAUUCCCUGAAUAACUUAUUUUUUAUUACAAACUAAUAUAUACUACAGAAGUACAUUACUAUAGAGAUUUAUCAAGUCUUUGUUAGUAAUAUAUGAUAUAGAUGAUAAAAGCUCUACUUAAAAUGGCUAUGAAAAUUUAGAGAUCACUCCUCUUUCCUCACUAAAUUUAAAAAAAAAAAAAGAUAUUACCUUUUUGUUAUUUAUUUAUAUUUGUUUCCAUUACAUAUUUACCAUCACCAGCCAGAUAAAUCUAUUGGCAAAAUCGUUAAAGAAAAAAAAGGGGGGAAAAAAGCAUAUUAGAGCUUUAUUUAUUAUUUAAUAAUGAGAGGAAUUACAGUACUUAACAUAUGGUUGGUAAUGAGCAAAUAUGUUUUAUUUUAAAUUUCAAUAUUAAUCUGAUGCUGAUUUCCCCAGGUAGCAGAAUAGACAAACAUUGGUUUAUAGUGGCAGACAUUAGAACUAGUGAAGAAUACAUGUUGAGCUGUGUGCCUUUUUGUCCUAAGAUGGCUGUGCCAUUCACUAAACCUACUUGUAAAACUCUAAAAGAUCUGUUCUCUUUGUUACAGGUAAGAUUACCAUCCAUGUCAACCUUGUCACAUAUUUUUCUAUGUGUUUUUUAAUUUAUUCAAGCAUUUUUAAAUGUGUUUAGCUCAUAUAAAUGUGCACAUUUUAAAUCAGUAUUUAAUAAAUAACUCUUCAAAGCAUUUUCUCUAAGCUAAAGUUUCCAUGGUAAUUUUGUUGUUUUUUUCCUUACAUUUCAGCAUCCACAUAUUUUCCCAAUCUAUGAUUUUGACUUUGCUGUUGAGCAAAAUCUUGUUUUUGUUGUGCAGCCUGUUGCAACUAGGGGCUCCCUUAAGGAUAUGAUCUAUGAGGUAAAAGUUCCAUACAAUAACCAACAUAUAUAAAGGCAAUUAAUAUCUUAAGAGUUUUUGCUGUGUGGUAUAUGUUAUAUAAGUAAAACAAGCAUUUCUAAUAGCUUUACCAUAUCUUGGAUUUUUUAAUUUUGUUCAUUGAAAUUUAAAUGGGAUGAUGUUUUUUGUUGUUUUUUUACUGAGAAAUGAUAAUCAACAUAAUUGGAACAUACAUCAUUGUUGUAAAGUCAUUCUCUGUUGGUCUGUCUUGUCCAGUGUCGCUACUCAGAAAUAUGGUACAACAAGUACAACCACAGACACAGAGGUCUAUCACUACAAAAUGUCAGAUUGUUUGGCAAACAGAUCCUAAGUGUGAGUAUCUUGAGUGUAUGCCAUAUAUUUUAAUUUUAACAUUUAGAUUGAUAGCUUUGCUUUUUAUUUUAUUUUUUAAAUCAGUUCAUUUUUUUUUUUUUUUGGUUCUGAAUUAUAUAUAUUUUUUUAAUUUUAUAAAAUUUUUUUUUUUUUCCUUUUUAAGUGUGAGUAUUUUGAGUGUAUGCCACAUAUUUUAAUUUUAACAUUUAGAUUUAUAGCUUUGCUUUUUAUUUUAUUUUUUAAAUCAGUUCAUUUUUUUUUUUUUUUGGUUCUGAAAUAUAUAUAUUUUUUUAAAUUAAUAAAAUUGUUGUCUUUUUCCUUUCUAAAAUCAGGGUAUGUUAUAUCUAGAGGAGAAAGGCUUCCCUCUCCACGGAAAUAUACAGUCUGGCAAUAUCAUGAUGGAAAAUGGCAUUUGCAGGUACAUACGGUUGAUGUAUGUUGAAUCAUCAUACAGAAGCUCCCACAGCCUUAUAAAAAAAACCCAGACACAAAAAAAAAAAAAUUAUAUAUUUUCAAUCAUUUAUCAUUGUUUUUAUCAUUGUUUUUAUCAUUGUUUUUAUCAUUGUUUUUCUUUACCUUCCGCCAUCCCUUUACCUUUUCAUGAGGUCUGGAUUAGUUAUAAAAUCAAAAAAGCUUCAGCAAUGUUGUUAAUGAUAUGUAAUUAUGGUACAUUGGUGUCUGUUUCUUUUAUCGUUUUGUGUGUUUGAAAGAUACCUAUCUGGUUCUAAGUUUAUUUGUGAAUGAUUCCCACAAAAGCUUUGUAUGUAGAAAGCACUAAACAGUUAAUGAUAUACGGCACCUCAAUAAUUGCUUUUGAAAACUCUACACUGACCAAAGGUCACUUUGAUUAGACCAAUAGUUUUUAAUCUUGAUUUUAACCACUACUGAUUUGAACCUAAGCUGUUGAACAUGCGUUCGAACUGAUGCUGCCAUUUUAUAAAGUGCAUCCUUUUUUUUUUAUAUGUCAGGGCUAAUUUAAUGCAUGUUUGUAUCAUACAUCUAUCAGCUAGUGGUGAAUUCUUCUCCUAAUAAUGGAAGAAUGUUCAAUAGCUUUUUUUGGAGAAAAAGCUCCAUGUUUCACUCGAUGAAUGUUUUAUUUUCAGAAUCGCAGGCUAUGAAAAUAAAUUUUUGGCCAACACAUCUCGCGUGUACACACUGGUCAAGAGAAAGUUGAAGGAUGAAAACAAAUGUGCAUUAGACAUCUUGUGUUUUGGUAAGAAUCUUUCUUUUUUUAAAAAUAUAUUUUCAAGGUUAAAAUAUCAUCAUAGAUAUUAUAAAAUCUCAACUCACCGUCUUACGCCAUCUGAUAAAAUGUUCAUAGGACCGGCUCUUGGGGAGGAAGUUAAACAUGAGUAAAAUAUCUCAACCUUGGAAGUCUUAAAACAGCAGCCAAGCUAGUGCUGGAUUGAAAAUCCUUGGUGUCGUCGUCCCCGCCCCCCAAAAUUACUCUAGUCCUAAUGGUGUCAUAUACAUCUUGACCAAUUGAUCGAUUAGUGUGUCUCUAGUCUAGCGAUUGUUAGUCCUAUUCUGAUAAUUAAUCAUAUCUAUUCUACUUUUCAGUGCUUAUAGAUUUAAUAUUUACUUACCAACGAUGCAUUUUCUUCUUCUAAGGUCAUCUACUCUAUGAGAUGGCUUUUGGCUACGAACUGCCUACAGCUCAUCCUGAACCUCAGCACUUAAUAGGAACACAGUCUCCAGCAGUUGUUGAGGCAAGUCAACUAAUAUUAAAAUAUACAUUAAAAUAGUAGGCCAGAAAAGCCUUUGUUAUGACGGAACAACAACUAAAAAAUAGGAGAAAGCACUAUCACCUUGCCAAUAUCAGUAAUUGUUUAAACCGUUAAUAAAAAUGUUAAAAAUAUUAACUUAGCUCUAUUCAUUUGUGACUAAUGAAGAAAAGUUAUAAAUAACAAAAAUAAGACAAUACACAGAAAACGUGUGGAGAAGAAAAUCCUUGAAAUUGUGUGUCUUUUAGAUGUAGUUCUAUUGCAAUAAUGCAUGUAAGGCAUACAUUGAACUGUACUGCAGUGAAACUGGUAUAGUAUUAAGAUGCAACAAAUCACAAACAAUAAUCAAAAAUACAAUGUGAUUUUAUUUCUGUAUCAAGCUUAUUCAGGCUAAACAAUAUAUAUUUUUUUGUCUUUCAGAUUUUGAAUUUUAUCUUUGAAAAUGAAAGCAAGAAAUAUCCAACAAUUCAAGAGGUGAAAAGUUUUUUUUUUUUUUUUAUUUCUGCUUAGUUCCUGCUGACAAGCAUGUCUUAGUUUUUGCACUUGUUUUUGUAAAAAGGUGUACAAUAGAGCGAGUAUUGCCUUUGAGUUCAGCCUCAGUUUGUUCUUAACAAAAUAAUGCGAGGAUGCAGUCAUUUUAACGAUUUUAGUGUUAGAUUUAAACUUGAAGCCAAAAAUGCCAGUAAAAAUACAUUACAAUAAAUUGUCUUACAGGGUUAAUAACCACAUUUGGCUCACUCCACAGAUAAAUGGCCAACCUUUUUUUGCCAAUGUCAAGCUAUCAGAGAUGGAUCAAUAUAACCCAGCAAAAGUAAUUUCUACAAACUAUCGAGUGUACUUUUUUUGUAACUAGCAUGAGUAACUUUUAAGGACAUGGAUUUUAGACUUAUACUUAUAUACAUUUUUGCUAAAAAAAAUUGUGUUACAACAUAUUUAGAUUAAAAUGUUCAAAUGAGUGAAGAUUUUAUAACAUUUAGUAAGUGGAUCAGUAGUUAUUUGUAACUUUUCAAAUGUGUGAAGAUAUUGACACAAUUAGUAGAUAAGUAAUGAGUUGUAACUGGUCAAAUAUGUCAUGAUAAAGACACACAAAAAUUAUUUCAUCUCUAAGAUACACCUGAGUGAGCCAAUGAAAAACAUCCUGAAAGCUGUCAGGAAGGGAAAACCUCUGAAACCACCAAAACCAAGUUCAACUAAGUAAGACUGGAAUAUAUUUAAUGUAACAUGAUUUAUUUUAUUUUUUUAAUAUCUCAGAUUUGAAUGAGAUUGAAGGCUUGCAGAGUUACUGUACUUAUUUGGUUUUAUUAAAACUUGAGGUGCAACUUUCUACCAUUAAACUGUAAGAAUCUCUGGGAUAGAGAGUAAUAUAUGCCAAUGAUUAUUACCGAUACUGAGGUGUUUUAUUAUGCUUACCAACUCGAGGGAUAUUUUUCUGUUGUGACGUGUAGUUUUUUCUUUUGAAAUAUAUUGAAAAGGAGAAGGUUUUCUUGAUCAUAGUGUUAAUAUGGAACACAUUCAAAAUUAGGCUAUGUCCAUUUCAUCCAAGGAUUUUGAGAAUCUCACAUAUAAAUAUACCACCCUGCAUCAACCAGUGCCUUGGAAACUUUAAGUCGCUCAACCCAAAUUAUCAAUACCCGUAGUAGGACUCCAGCAUCCACCCAUCACAAUGUGAUGAUGGUGUAGACUUAACAGGAUGAAAUCACAGUGCCUGGAAAAUAAGCUGAUUCUCUAGACAGGAAAUCACCUUUCUCCAUGUACCAGAUAACCCAUAUCAUAUGUGAAUGAUAUUGCAUGGCACCAAUAGCAUGACCAGAGUUACCAGAAUUUCAUAGUGUCAAUGUUAUCCACCCACCGGACGCCAUCUCUGGGUUUGUUUCACUGUUUUCCUUUUUAAAGGUGAGUACCUCUCCAAGGCUGCCAUCCAAGGUUAACAAAUCUCAUCCACCCAGAUGGGAUGGUGAUGUUUUUGUUUGUCUGGGCUUUGGUGGGGAUGAAACGCCAGACCACAAGUUUUUUGGAUUGACUCAGUUUAGACCGCCUGGCCAACCAAAAUACUAAUUACAAGUAAUUUAUGGGUGCUUAGCAUUUUACUGUCAAUGGAAAAUAUUUAUUUUGUGAUUUAUAGUAUUCUUUUUAAAACCAUAACAUUACCGGUAUUUGCUUCUUUUUUUUUUUAUUUAAUAAGCAUAUCAAGAAAGAAAAAAGGUAUUUGAUGAUAUAAUUUUGAAGAAAAUUUCUUUUGCCUACCUUAAAAUGUAAUUUUUUUUUAAUUACUAACAUUUGACAUAAAUGAAUAUUUGAAAGUCUAAAUACCAGUAUAUAAACUUCCUCUCCUCUGAUACCUUUGUCUUUAUUUAUUUGUUCAAUGUCAUAAAGACAAAAAAGAAACCAAAAAAACAAAAAAACUUUUAUGUUUUAUUAACAAACCCGCCCUUACCAUGGUUUACAUUAAUUUUACAGCUUUUUUUAUAUUUGAUUUGUGCAUUUUUCUUUGCAGUUACAUUUUUUAUUUAUUGAAUAUUACUUUAUUAUGGGAUUCAAAACACUGACAUUCUUUAAGUAAAAUCAAGUUGAGCUGAUUAUUAAUUAUACAAAAUGUGUAAUUGAUUUUAAAAAAUAAAGCUGAUUUAUUUCAGGUUUUUUACUGUCAGACAAUGGAAACUAAAACAAAGCAGAAGAUGAAUAGAUAAAGAAAUUUUGUAAAUAGAUAAAGAAAUAUAAAGAUGUGAAAGCUCUCACAAAAAAGAUUUCAUUGAAGAAAUAUGGAACUAGAGUUUAUUAGCAAUGUGAAAUCUGGAUCAUUAAACUCAUUUUUACUUUGUCUAUCUGCUGUAACUACUAUUUCAAGGCUAAUAAAAAUUACCUUCUGUGUAAGUCAAGAAAGAUAACAGAUUUAAAUAUCUAUCUCUACAGGAAAAAGAGGAGAGCCACAUUAACAGGUUCCCCAACACCACAGUCUCCGUCUGCGGGGACUGCAGCCCCACUGGCUCCUCCACCACCUCCACCAGGUGCGCCACCCCCUCCUCCACCACCACCACCACCAUCGGGAGGUGCUCCACCACCCCCUCCGCCAUCCGUUCCAGCAUCAUCCACGGGCAGGAUGGCUCUGCUUGGCGAUAUCCGUAAAGGUGCAAAACUCAAGAAGGCUGUCACACAUGAUCGCAGCGCACCAAAAGUUUGAGGUUAAAGUUCAUUGCAUUUUGGUGCUUAAUAACUAUGAUUUUGGAAGAUGAAGACAUGUGCAUUUUAAAAUCUGUAUCAACCACGCAGACAGACAACUCAAAAUGAUAAAGACUUACCAAGAAGUGGUUCUAAUGGCAUUGUUGUAUGUUAUUAUGCUGUACAUAUAGCAGUUAUCAAGCCAUUUUUUUUUAAUUUCUUUUUACAAAACUGCGUAAAAGUGUUUGUCAUGCAGUGCCUGAUCUAUUUUUAUACCUUGUGAAAGGAAAAUAUGUAUCAUGUCAGUUUUAUAAUGGAUAUUUUAUGUCACUUAAUGUCACUUGAAAUCUUAUUUCAUUUAUACACUUGAAAUCUUAUUUCAAAUAUACACUUGAAAUCUUAUUUCAUUUAUAUUAUGAGAUAAGAAAUGUUUCUUUUAUUUUGGAAGGCAUGUUUUUGUUAUUCGCAUUGUUUUUAUUUAUCAAAAAUUUCAUGGAGUAAUUUCAUUUUAUUUGAAAGAAAUAAAAAUGUCAUCUGUAGAUGUAGAAUAUAUGAACUGAACUUCACCAUGUGGGUGACGUUUGCAUUUAAUAUAUGAUGAUGGAUAGCUCCGAAACUAAACUUAAUCAGUUGCAGACAUGACAUGGUUUUUUUUUUUGGGGGGGGGAUGGGGGGAUUUAAUUUACACUGAUGGCAUUUUCUACUGUUCAACAUGUUAGAUCUUUCUGUCUCUAAGCUCAGCACAAAUAAAUCGUCAAAUCCUGAGAUUUGUAGUAGCCAUGGCCCAGAUUUAUGUAGCAGGGCUUUAUCUUAAAUAUGCUUUCAAAGACAUAUAUACUAUUGACCAAAUGAAUGUCUUGUCAAGAUUAACUAAUAGGAACCAAUGUGUGACUGAGGCAACUGAAAUAUUGAGAUGUAUUGAAACUGCUUUUUUAUUCUUCUUUUUUUUUAUGUUUAUAUAAUGCCGUUAAUUUGUUAAUCGAAACAAGUUUUGCAUUAGUUAUUUAAAAAAAGUCAUGAAAAAUGUAGUUUUGAUACUCAAAUAUAACACUGAAUGUUUGAUUUGUGAAUAGUAAGGGUAGCAGAAAAUAUUUUUAUUUUGUUUUUUGUUUAUCAAUUAAGGUGAAAAAUAGGGAAGUACUUUCUAUACACUGUUGCAUUGUAAAAUUUGUCAAUGCACAAGGUGUCUGUCAUUGUAAAUCAAGGAUUGCCCUAAUAUUGAUAAAUGGAAUUUAUUUAAAUCCAUCUUUAGACUAAACUGUUAACCAGAGUUAAUUCUGUAAUGUUAUAAGCAUUUGCAUGUGAUUCCUGAAUCAAAAUAAAUGUAUAUCUAUAUAAUGUACAUUUAUAUAUAUUUGAAUUAAGGGUAACAGUAGAGACGUGUACAAUCUCUAGAAGUUUGAGUUAUUAUGGUAAUGGUAAUGAUAAAGAUAUGUACAAACUCUAGAAAUUUGAUUUAAAAUUGUAAGGGUAAUUGUAAAGACAUGUAAAAAUUCUAGUAAGUCAAGUUAAAAGUGUAAGGGUAAUUGUAAAGAUGUGUACAAACUCUAGUAAUUCGAGUUAAAAGUGUAAGGGUAAUUGUAAAGCUAUGUCAACUGACAAGUUUAAUGUCAGAAUUAAAGAGACUGUAACUCAUUAUCAAAAUUUCCAAGGGCUAUGGGUUCAUUUCCUGCUAGGAAAAUUAAUUAAAUAUUUUUGUGAAAUUUCUAUAUGAUAUUAAUAACCUCCGAAGCCUCCUCCUUUCCAAAUCCAAGAUUGAUUAAAACAAAAUAAUAAUAGUGCUUCAAAUGGUUCACCAUUACAUAAUAGGAUUUUUGUAAAAGAAAAAAGGGAAAAAAUUGUCAUGUUUUUAACUCUCAAAUUUUAGUUUCAUUUCUCUAUCACCACCUAAGAAAACAGGAAAUUAUAGAGGAUGGAAUAAAUGGCUGUAAUAUUUUAUUUUUAGAUUACCAUAUGCCUAUUUGGGUCAGAUGACUUAGCUAUGAUAAUUUUAUUUCUUUGUAGGACCAUAACUUGCACAUGACAUCAUCUAGAACCCUAUAUCUAUAACCGAUUCAUUUGACAUGUGAGGAAAUGUAUAUACUGGAAUGACAUGUAAAAUAUGAUGAACAGUAUUAUUGUUUAUGUGAACUGUUUCCAUUUUUAAUAAAUGUUACAAAUAAUAAGCACCUUUUUGACACUCAUAUUGAAUAUAAAAUAUGCUAUUUAUUAAUAAUGCAUUCUGUUUUUAUCCCUUCUACAUAAAUACUAAGCCCAAACAUCAUCUGUCUCUUAAGUGCUUAUUUUAUCUCUUCAAAUAUUUACAUUUCAAUCUUUUUUGCCCUAUUGUUGAAUUUUUUACUGAAACAAGUUUGCAUGAGUUUUAUUUUUAUUCUUCACCUCUCAUAUUAACAUCUAUGUUAACUCACCAUUUCUGGUAAAAUGAUUUCCAUGACAUUCAAGACAUUUUUAAAUAAAUAUUUGUGGGUUUUUUUGUUUUUUUUAAACCUACAAGUCAACGC